CCUUCGGCGACAAAGUGCAGUACAGCCUCCAGGAAGCGACAACCCUGUGAAAUCGUCAGCGACCGUCAGUGAGCAGAAAUUGAAAGCGUUUAUAUAAAAGAAGGAAAACAGCAGGUUAAUGACCCGGUUUAACCCACCUCUAUGACUGCUCUAGAAGAUGAAAGUGUUUCCUGGAGGCUAAUAGGCCCUGUGUCGGAGCUGUCCAAGAAACAAUGCCGACUGAUGUAUUCAUCUGAGGGACGCGACGCGGAUGUUUGUCUGUUUUAUGUCAGCGGUGACUUCUUCGCGAUGGACGCUCGAUGCGCUCAUUCAGGAGGUCCGCUUUGUGAUGGAGAUAUUGAGGAGGCUGAUGGAGUUCUUCAAGUCUUCUGUCCUUGGCAUGACUAUGACUUCAAUCUCAAAACAGGGAAGUCAAGCACAGGCUUACAGCAACGAGUUUAUGAAGUGAAAUUGGACGACGGCAACGUAUAUGUCAAGCACCAAAGCGAGCUCUCUUUACAACCUUUCGGCCAGGUCAAGGAGACCUGAAGUUUUUAGUUACUGCAAUGUUUAGUUCUUUUGAACUAAACCAUGUGUUUGGAUCUCAUUUCUGCAGGCUGCAUUUAAAAAUGAAGCAGUAUUUUGUUUAAAUAAUUAUUCCCAGUUGGAGCAGUUGUUAAGGUUUGUGACAAUUUGUGUAUAUAUAAGCUACAAGUAAGAAUAAAUAUAGUAUUUAAAUAAAUGUUGUAUUGCAAAUUACACUACAAUGAACACAGUUUUUGACAUUUAUUUUUUAUUUAAAUUAUGAAAGUUUUGAGAUUAAAGUCAGUAUUCAUAUGCAAGAUUUAGUGAACUCAGGGAAGCAGGGUCAUAGACAGUUCAUUUAAUCUGUUGUUUUUCAGCAGCUUAAUUAGUCGAUUCAUAAUCAUUAAUUCUCCAGAGAUGUUAAUGUUUCUCUCAAGAGUCGUAAUAAAUGUUUACGGUUGAAAGUUGCUGUAAUUAAACUCUUCUAUAUCAAACCCUCUGGAGUAUCAGGUAGAAAUUAUAUCCACUGGAGGGAAAGAAUCAAGUGAGUUCUGAGAAUCCCAUUAAUUACUUGGUUGACUCAAGGUAAAAUCCUAGUUUUUGACGUGUACUUCUCUUAAGAAGAAAAAUGUCCUGUGCAUUCUUACUUCAAAUGAAUAGCUUUUGUUAUUGUGAGAUAGUUCUACCCCUAUAAGAUAUUUAAUAUGAAUAUAUAUUAAUAUAGUAUAAUAUAAAAAUAGAUAGACAUCUGUGGUUAAAGCUAUGCAGUCAAUGUAGACAACAAAAUAAAAUAAACAAGCUAAAUAUGUUCUAAUGGUUGGUUAUUGUAUCAUUGUGUACAUCUUUUGUA